GCCAUUUAAAUUCUGUUCAUUUUGGCCAUUUAUUGAGAAGAAGAGUUUAAAGUUUAUUUUCAGGUACUACCCUCCAGGCCACUGCUCUGAGUCAGGGUUAGUGUCUGAUAGGUGGUUUUAGUGGCCAUUUAUCUUCCAUAGUCAACCCCUUCUAAAUUGGCAAAGCAUGCUCUCUGUGUUUAUCAUCUAUGUUAUUCCCAAAGUGGAUUGUUUCAGUAGCUGGGAACUGGGCCUAUACCCAGAUCUCCAUCUGUUUCAGAGUUUAAGAAACUGCACUGUUUACAGUGAGAAAAGAAAGAGAACUUACAGUAAAUGCUGGAAGAAAACUCCAAGGAGAGAACCCACUUGUCUGGGUCUGUGUAGGGUACAGCCCAGAGGUAUCAGCAUGUUAGCUGUGGUCAGCCUAUAAAGCACGACCCACAGAACAUGUGGCUGUGUAAGCUAGGUGGCAUUUGAGGGAUUAUAUCAGGCUUACGCUACCAGGACAGCAAUGCAGAGUAAACCUUGCAGCUCUGGCCAUACUCCUGGAGAAUGUCCCUGAGGAGGAAAGGGAGGAGGAAAGGGAUGGAGAAGAUGGCACCUCCUGCCGCCUUCCACUUGGAAGUUCAGUUCAGGGGCUUUGUGCAGAGGCUGUGCUUCCUGCAUGUCCUCCCUCCCCAGCCUCCCUCCCCUACAAUGUGCAACCAGCAGAAUGCCGUAAGUCCCAGAGAAGAGGUGUGGCAGGUCCGUGUGUGAGAUGUGGCACUGACGGCAGCUUUUGUUUUUGUAAUCCAUAGGUCCCGAAGAUGGCAUAGUAACAAAGGCACCUUCCAGUGGUUGCAAGCAUCUUUACCCGUGGAUGCCAGCCCAGGCCAGUGACUUCCUGUUGAGCUGAAGGAACUCGUCUACUGCUUCCCGAAGUCUUUCUCUCCUAAUUCAUGAGCCAGCAGGAUGCGGUCGCUGCACUUUCAGAACGUCUUCUCAUAGCUGCGUACAAAGGCCAAGCAGAGAAUGUGGUUCAGCUCAUCAACAAGGGCGCCAAGGUAGCGGUUACCAAGCAUGGCCGGACCCCCCUGCAUCUUGCUGCCAAUAAAGGCCAUCUUUCUGUGGUCCAGAUCUUACUGAAGGCUGGCUGUGACCUUGAUGUCCAGGAUGAUGGGGACCAGACCGCCUUGCACCGGGCCACGGUGGUGGGGAAUACUGAAGUCAUCGCAGCGCUCAUCCAAGAGGGCUGUGCCCUGGACAGACAAGACAAGGAUGGGAAUACGGCUCUCCAUGAAGCGUCCUGGCAUGGUUUCAGCCAGUCAGCCAAGCUGCUCGUUAAAGCAGGGGCCAACGUGCUUGCCAGGAACAAGGCAGGGAACACGGCUCUGCACCUGGCCUGCCAGAACAGCCACUCCCAGAGCACCCGCAUCCUCCUGCUGGGCGGGUCCCGCGCCGACCUCAAAAAUAACGCAGGCGAUACCUGUUUGCACGUCGCUGCGCGCUAUAAUCACUUGUCCAUCAUUAGGCUCCUCCUCAGUGCUUUCUGUUCUGUCCAUGAAAAGAACCAGGCUGGAGACACGGCACUUCAUAUUGCUGCUGCCCUAAAUCACAAGAAGGUGGUUAAAAUCUUACUGGAAGCUGGAGCAGAUGUGACCAUUGUUAAUAAUGCAGGUCAGACUCCCCUGGAGACCGCCCGCUACCACAAUAAUCCAGAAGUGGCUCUUCUGCUCACUAAAGCUCCCCAGGGAAGUGUCUCAGCAGGAGACACCCCCAGCAGUGAACAAGCUGUACUCAGGAAAGAAGAGGCCAGAGAAGAUUGCCUGUCAGCCUCCCCAGAGCCCAGUGCAAAGGAUAACAGGAGGAGAAAGUCGAGGCCCAAGGUGUCAGCAUUUUCUGAUCCCACCCCACCAGCAGACCAACAGCCUGGACAAGAGAAGAACGUGCAUGGUCACAGUCACCCUAAAAGGAGGAACAGGCAUCGGUGUUCAUCCCCACCUCCACCCCACGAGUUCAGAGCCUACCAGCUCUACACGUUGUACCGAGGGAAGGAUGGGAAAGUGAUGCAGGCACCAAUAAAUGGUUGUCGUUGUGAACCUCUAAUCAACAAACUGGAGAAUCAGUUGGAGGCAACUGUGGAGGAGAUAAAAGCAGAACUGGGGUCCGUUCAGGAUAAAAUGAACACAAAGCUGGGGCAUAUGGAGAAUAAGACCCAGCACCAAGUAAGUGAGUGGUCCAGCCUUCUAACUGCUAGGUGUUCCGGCAGAAAAGGACAUAGGAGAUGUUAGCACACCCUUCCACACUGAGUUUUCAAUGGGCUGUCAGGGAAGACAUUUAUGUGAUUUUAUUAAGACACAUUUUUUUUCUUUUUU